AUGAGUCUAGUGGGCGGCUUCCCCCACCACCCGGUGGUGCACCAUGAGGGCUACCCUUUCGCUGCCGCCGCCGCUGCCGCCGCCGCCGCCGCCACCCGCUGCGGCCACGAGGAGAACCCCUACUUCCACGGCUGGCUCAUCAGCAGCCACCCGGAGAUGUCCCCCCCCGACUACAGCAUGGCUCUGUCCUACAGCCCUGAGUACGCCAACGGGGCGCCGGGCAUGGACCACUCCCAUUACGGGGGGGUGCCGCCCGGGAACGGCCCGCCCGGGCUCGGGGGGCCCCGGCCGGUGAAACGCAGGGGCACGGCGAACCGCAAGGAGCGGCGCAGGACUCAGAGCAUCAACAGCGCCUUCGCGGAGCUGAGGGAGUGCAUCCCCAACGUGCCCGCCGACACCAAGCUCUCCAAGAUCAAAACCCUCCGUCUGGCCACCAGCUACAUCGCCUACCUCAUGGACCUGCUGGCGAAGGACGACCAGAACGGGGAGGCGGAGGCUUUCAAGGCAGAGAUAAAGAAGACAGACGUGAAGGAAGAGAAGAGGAAGAAAGAGCUGAACGAAAUCUUGAAAAGCACAGUUAGCAGCAACGAUAAGAAAACCAAAGGGAGGACUGGCUGGCCGCAGCAUGUCUGGGCUUUGGAGCUCAAGCAGUGA